AUGUCCAAAGAAACCAAUGUUCCCCUUUCCACAACCAACUCGGUUGUCGAGGGUGAUGUCGAGGCUAUCUUGCCUCCGCUGCCUGCCAAUAGCUUACAUCGAGGACUGAAGGCACGACACAUCUCUAUGAUCGCUCUUGGGGGAUCAAUCGGCACAGGUCUCAUUAUCGGAACGGGUGCUGCACUGGCACGGGCAGGACCCGCGUCCCUCUUCAUCGCUUAUUCCCUAGUCGGACUCAAUGUCUAUGUGACGAUGACCGCGGUUGGCGAGAUGGCAACGUACCUACCCACUGGUGUUGGCUUUUCUGGCUACGCUGCCCGCUUCGUUGAUCCAGCUCUCGGCUUUGCUCUAGGUUGGAACUACCUUUUCAAGUACCUCCUUGCAAGCCCUAAUCAGCUUACUGCCGCUGCUGUCGUUCUUCAAGAGUGGGUGCCUCGUGACAAGGUGAAUCCAGGAGUGUGGAUAGCCAUUUUCCUCAUUAUCAUGUUUGCCGUCAAUUAUAUCGGAAUAGGUGUUUUCGGAGAAAUCGAGUUCUGGUUCAGCAGCGUCAAGGUUGUCACAUUCAUUGGCCUCAUCAUCCUAGGCUUGGUCCUCGCGCUGGGUGGCGGACCCAACCAUGACCGGACUGGCUUCAGAUAUUGGAAGAAUCCUGGAGCUUUCGCCGAAUUUCCCGGUAUCGACGGAGACACGGGAAGGUUUGUCGCAUUUGUUUCGAUACUUGUCAACGCCGCAUUCGCUUACAUGGGCACGGAGUUGGUCGGCGUCACGGCAGGAGAGGCACAGAAUCCCAGCCACACCAUUCCACGUGCCAUCAAGCUCACCUUCUGGAGAAUCAUCUUUUUCUACUGCCUUUCCGUUUUCUUCCUUGGAAUGAUUGUGCCAUACAAUUCGACCGAGCUGGCCUUCGCCAACAAGGCAUCCACUGGUGCAAGUGCUUCUCCAUUUGUCGUGGCCAUCAAGGUGAGCGGCAUAAAGGUGUUGCCAGCCAUCAUUAACGCCGCCAUACUCUUGUUUGUCCUGUCGACCGCCAACUCCGAUCUCUAUAUCGCGUCCCGAACACUUUAUGGCCUGGCCAGGACGGGACAGGCGCCCAAGUUCUGCGGUUACACCAACGAGCGAGGAGUUCCAGUCUGGAAUCUCAUCAUUGGCAGUCUGAUCUCUUGCCUGGCCUUCCUCAACGUCUCUGGCAAUAGCCAACAGAUCUUCCUCUACUUUGUCAAUGUCGUGAGCAUCUUUGGAAUGCUGUCCUGGUUCGCGCUCUUGCUCACACACAUCCGUUUCAUCUAUGCUCGACGAGUCCACGGUAUCACCAACGACAAGCUUGCAUAUACCGCCCCCUUUGGGCUGACCGGAUCCUACAUCGCCUUGGCCUUUACCUCCUUAAUGUGCAUCUUCAAGAACUUUACCGUCUUUAUCCCUUCCAAAAGCUAUGGGAAUUUUGACUACAAGAACUUCAUUACCGGCUACAUUGGGUUCCCCGUCUGCAUCAUAAUGUACCUUGCUUGGAAAUGGAUCCACAAAACCAAGAUCUUGAAGCCUCACGAGGUUGAUCUGCAAACCGAUCGACGCAGGAUAUUGGAAGAAGAGGAGAUUUAUCUGGCGAUGAAGCGGGAAGCCGAGGAUGCCAAAGGCGGAAAGGCCAGACUUCCUGGACGCAUCUAUCGCCGCUUCUUUUCUUGGUUGAUAUAA